AAUAAAUCGCUGCUUUGCAAUCCUUGCCCCAUAAAAAUAAUUGUGAUUGUGACAUUUAAUGCAUAGUGGUAAAUUGUUUUGUUUGUUCCCACGCGCGCGAUAACUUGCUAGUAAUCACCAGGUUCGCUUCGAGAACUCACGUGAAGAAAUGGCUGCCCGUGCAUUCCGAAAAUUUGCUCCCCUGUUUGAUCGUGUCCUGGUGCAGCGUUUUGAGGCUGAAACCAAGACUAAAGGUGGUAUCAUGCUGCCGGAGAAGGCCAAGGGGAAAGUUCUAGAAGCAACCGUAGUUGCACAUGGUCCAGGAGUAAAAAAUGAGAAGGGUGAAAUAGUCCCAGUGUGUGUCGCUGUUGGUGAUAAGGUUUUCCUCCCCGAAUAUGGUGGGACUAAAGUUGUUUUGGAGGAUAGCGAAUACUUCCUCUUUCGAGAGUCUGAUAUACUGGCGAAAUUCGAGAACUAAUUCACCCUUCAACUUAGUCUCCCCUCCACUGUACACUGACAACUAAAAUAACAUAGUUUUACCUUUUCA